CACACACAUACACACACACACACACACGCACGCGCACACACACACACACACACACACACACACAUUUGGGUUGUGCUUCUGUAUAAAAUCCUCCUCCUCUAUCUUUCACACAAGGCUGCAGGACAAAAAAAGCUAGCUGCUAUGGGCUCCAUGGAAGAAGAGCACACGUGUCCUAUGUGUCGUGACCUGAUUGGUCGAGCUCACCCCUUUCCCUGCGGCCACAGCUUUUGCCUGACCUGUGUUCAAGAGUCCUGGAGCCAGAGUGCCGGCUGUGGCAAGCGAAGAUUCGUAUGCCCACAAUGCCUGGAGGAGCAGGGAGAGGUGGUAUGUGACUGCUGUCCAGAAAACAAGGAUGAUGAGGCCCAAGCUGCAGUGAAGACCUGCCUGCGAUGUGAGAUCUCUCUGUGUGAGCAGCAUCUGCAGCCACACCUGCUGCGUCCUGCUUAUAGCACUCACCUGUUGGUGGAGCCAUUGAUGGACGUAUCCCACCGCAGGUGCCCUACCCAUUGGGAGAUAUUCCGGUAUUACUGCAUGGAUGAUAGGGAGUAUGUCUGCCCCGACUGCAUUGUGGAAGGGCGACAUGCUCAACACCAGGUCAAAGGGGUGAGAAAAGUGGAGGAGGAAUACAAAAUCAAAUUACAGAGUAUGUUUGAGAAAGCAGAAGAGAAAGUAAAGCAAGGUGAAAUGAUGCUUCAAGAACAUCAACAAGCUUGUCGCAGCAUAGUAGAGGACUCUUCUGUGAGUGAUGUCUCUCAGGUUUUACAGAUGGGCUCAGCCCUGCAGGCUCAGGUGGGCCGACUAGUGUCAGCCGUGAUAAACAUCACGGAACAGGAGAGACAGCAGGCCAUGGAGAGGGUGAAGGAAGACUGCAGCAGGGUGGAAAAAGAUCUGAACCAAACCGAGGGCAUCCACCGCUUCCUCGGCUCCUUGUUGGAUGAGAGCGAUCCCUUCCUGCUAAUCUGGGCAUUCCAGACAGAGGAUUCACAGAUGAUGGCAGAUCUCAGCUCACCUCUGUUCACACCACCUCAGCCCAGCAUGGAUAAGAAACGAGUCUUAGAGAAUGUGGAAAAUAAAUAUAGAGAAUUCAUAGCCGAGACCCUGCGCUGCCUAAUUGAACUCAAGAGAGAUCUCUUAAGCAGCCCGUUAACCUUGGACAAAAACUCAGCCCAUCCUCUCUUAAAUAUUUCUGAAGACCUACGGACAGUGACGAGGGUCAAAACCCGCUUGCCUGUCCCUGAGCAUCCUGACCGCUUUGACCACUGGUCUCAGGUGGUCUCCUUUCAGAUAUUUUCUUCAGGAACCCAUUACUGGGAGCUGGAAGUGGAGGGUUUCUGGGAUAUAGCAGUGACCUACCACAGCAUCGGGAGAAAAUCAAAAGAGGGCACAGCCUUUGGCUGCAACAAGAUAUCCUGGAGCCUGACACAGCAGCAUGACAGGAAACUUGCUGCCUGGCAUAACCGAAAGAAAACCCACCUCUCCGCAAAAAUGUCUGGCAACCAUUUGGCAGUCACUCUGGACUAUGGUUCUGGCUCCAUUGCCUUUUCUGAAGUAGGAUCUUCAUCCACUCUGCUCCCUCUGCACAGUUUCAGUACCAGGUUCACCCAGCCCAUCUGCCUAGGAUUUGGCCUCUACAAACCAGAGCUGAACAGCAAGGUCACCAUCCUCAAGAAAACAUAACUACAUCUACAGAAACAGGAACCAACACUGCUGUUGAAACUUGUAUUUCAUCAAUAGUUACAUGUUUCUUGAAGGAUAUAUAAUGCUCUGGGUGAAAAAGCUGAAUUAAUUUUUCAAGAAUGAACAAAUAUUCCAAUUAA